GUGGAUACGGCUUUAUACCGGCGGCAGAGGCAGGGGGAGAUGCGGGUUUUGCUGAGUUUCUGGCACCGAGCGUGCGCCCCCCGCCUCACUCCGCUGUGUGAGAGACCCGGCGGUAAGGGCGGGCGGCGGCACCGCCACCUCCCCUCCAUCCUCCUCCUCCUCCUCCUCCUCCUCUCCUCCUCCCCUCGGCAAGGAGGCCGUCCCGGCGGGCCGCUCCCCGCCUCAUGCGAGAGUCCCUCCCCGCUCGCCCCCCCCCGGCGCCUCACAGGGCACAAAAGGGGCGGCUGCAUGGUGGCGGCCCAGCGCCCGGCCGCGUCCGCCCCGCUCCGCUCCGCGCCCCGCUCCGCGCCCCGCCGCCAUGUCGGGCAGCGGCGGCCCCGCCAGCACGGUGAAGAAGAGGAGCCCGGCGGGCUCGGCCUCCUCGCUGGCUCAGGAGGAGGAGAAGCAGGCGAUGGAGAAGAUGCUGGAGGCGGCGGGCGGAGGGGCGCAGGAGAACGGCUGCGCCCGCUCGCCCUCGCCGCCCGCCGCCGAGGGUGAGGGAGAAGGGGUGGCCCUGCAGCGCUCCAUCACGCUGCUCAACGGCGUGGCCAUCAUCGUGGGCACCAUCAUCGGCUCCGGCAUCUUCGUCACCCCCACCGGCGUGCUGCGGCAGGCCGGCUCGCCGGGGCUGUCGCUGGUGGUGUGGGCCGUCUGCGGGGCGUUCUCCAUCGUGGGGGCCCUCUGCUACGCCGAGCUGGGCACCACCAUCACCAAGUCCGGCGGGGACUAUGCCUACAUGCUGGAGGUGUACGGCUCGCUGCCCGCCUUCCUCAAGCUCUGGAUAGAGCUGCUCAUCAUCCGGCCCUCCUCGCAGUACAUCGUGGCCCUGGUCUUCGCCACCUACCUGCUCAAGCCCAUCUUCCCCACCUGCCCGGUACCCGACGAUGCUGCCAAGCUGGUGGCCUGUCUGUGUGUCCUGCUCCUCACAGCAGUGAACUGUUACAGUGUGAAAGCUGCUACUCGUGUCCAGGAUGCCUUUGCUGCGGCAAAACUGCUGGCACUGGCUUUGAUCAUCAUUCUUGGCUUCGUUCAGAUUGCAAGGGGUGAUGUGACAAGCCUGACCCCUGAGCACUCCUUUGAAGGCACGAAAGUGGACGUGGGGAACAUCGUGUUAGCUUUGUACAGUGGUCUUUUUGCCUAUGGAGGGUGGAAUUACUUGAAUUUUGUUACAGAGGAGAUGAUAAAUCCCUACAGAAACCUGCCUCUGGCUAUCAUCAUCUCACUACCUGUAGUCACUUUGGUUUAUGUGCUGACAAACUUGGCUUACUUCACAACCCUGUCGACGGACCAGAUGCUGACGUCCGAAGCCGUGGCCGUGGACUUCGGGAAUUACCACCUUGGCGUCAUGUCCUGGAUCAUACCCGUCUUUGUUGGCUUAUCGUGCUUUGGAUCCGUUAAUGGAUCUCUCUUCACUUCUUCCCGGCUGUUCUUCGUUGGAUCCCGAGAAGGACACUUGCCUUCCAUUCUGUCUAUGAUUCACCCUCGGCUUCUCACUCCUGUGCCAUCCCUUGUCUUUACGUGCAUCAUGACCCUGCUCUAUGCCUUCUCCAAUGACAUCUUCUCAGUCAUCAACUUCUUCAGCUUCUUCAACUGGCUGUGUGUGGCUCUGGCCAUCAUUGGCAUGAUGUGGCUGCGUUACAAGAAGCCAGAGCUUGAAAGGCCCAUCAAGGUGAACGUCUGCCUGCCCAUUUUCUUCAUCCUGGCCUGCUUGUUUCUCAUUGCUGUUUCCUUCUGGAUGACACCGGUAGAAUGUGCGAUUGGCUUUGCAAUCAUCUUCAGUGGGAUUCCUGUUUACUUCUUCGGGGUCUGGUGGCAAAACAAGCCCAAGUGGGUUCUCCAAGGCAUCUUCCACGCAACAGCCGUGUGCCAGAAACUGAUGGAAGUGGUUCCUCAAGAAUCAUAAGCAGGAAAAGCAGAGACAUUCAGCUCCAGGAAACGCACAAUAUUAUUUUAAGACGACACAAGGAGAAAACACUUCUGAUCCCUCAUAAAGAAAACCCAGGCAUUGGAGCACCCCGGCAGAGCUGCUUCAUGUCUGACACCAUGCCACCUGCCCUGCCUUGCCUCCUCCAGCCUUCCUGUUGCCACCUUUUAACCCGGCAGACGAGCAUCCAUGAGAAGUUCUUGGUACGAACAUGGACCAGGAAGAGGAAUUCCUGCUGGUUACUUCCAAGGGGUCCUGCGUGUCCGGCAGCAGCGAGUCCAGUCGGCCUGUGUGUGUGUGUGUGUGUAUGUGUGUGAUAUUGAGGACUGUACUUCAGUUCUGUGUAGGGUAACUCGUUAGGGUUUUUAAAACUGAAGUUAGCAGUGAGCUGUGCAUCCCCCAGGCUGCGGCGGAUCUGCUCUCGAGCCCAGUUUGAGCAUCACCAGCUGUGCAAAGGUGCCUGUGUCGGGGCUGGGGCUGUGCGCUGAAACACAGCUGCAGGGUGGUCCUGAGCCCGACCCACCCGCCUUACCUGGUCACGGGGGGUGGCUGAGAAGCUAAGGUUGUUUAAGGACUUUGGCUGGUGUUGGUGCUCGCUCACACACACACACACACACACACACACACACACCCCUAAAUACCUGCUGCUGGAUGCUCUGGGCUCUGCCCAGGAAGCGCCACGGGCAGUGAUUUAGGCGAGACAAGGCAGAGCAGAAUUAGUGUCAGAGAAAUGGUGUGAGGAAGCCUUGUCUGACUUUCCUUGUGUUCCUGAAAUGAGCACUUGGGGUUCCUUGCCGUGGCUUUUAACUCUCAGAUCCAAGCAAUCUCCCUGCUAUUGAGCCAGUUCUCUGGGAUGCUCUCCACCAGAACAACAACCCCGGGGCCCUGUGAAUUAGCACUGGGUCAGGUGCAGGCCCAGGGACGGAGUUCUUCCCAGUAAACCCAGGGAAUCGCACGAGUUAGCGGAAGGUCAAGACAGCUUGCUCACUCCUUGUUUUCCGUAGAUAGGCUGUCAUCCAGCGUGGGAUGAGCACCAUUCUGCUCUGCAAGUGGCCCUGUUCAUUGCCCUCAGCGUGACUGACGCUUGCCCCUAAAACCAAUGUCAAAGAUAAAAUUCUGGUGGGAUUCUCCUGGCUCGUUUGCUGGGAACUGCCUGCGUUGCCUGCCCCCGUGCCCUCCGUUACGCCGUGUUACCAGUGCCUGCAGGGGAGAUGGGACCAACCGGCUCUGGGGGGCGGAAAGGGGUGGAUGUUCCCAAAAGGCUGGAGCCUGUCUUUACUCUUGGUCUGCUGUAGGUUGUUUUGCUCUAAGAAGCAGGGACUGGAGGCAUCCUGAACAGUUUGCUCAUAAUGCCUCUGCAGUCGAGGUGAUAGUCAAUUGGAAAUCCAAUGCAUCUUGUCCCUACGAGUGAGCUGCACUAGUCUCUGUUACAAAUCUUCUCUGUGCUUGUGCUUUAGAAAAUAGGUUGUUGAUUUUUUUUUUCUAUAUAUUAUUUUUGUAAACUAAGCUGUUUGGAAGCUGGGAUCCUCCAAGAGCUAACGCUUCCUACUGGAUUCUCCUCUUAGCAUAGAGUCAUUUUGGAAAAGAGGCAUUAAGGACACCAAUGGUACUAGCUCAUGCUUUGUCCUUUUAAGAAGCUCUUUGGCAAAAAAAAAAAAAAAGAAAGGCAUUUAUGUUAUAGCAGGUGGCAGCUUCUGUUCCAGUGUGUGUGACAAUGACCACAGUUAUGCCAACAAGUAUCCGCGUGCAGCUCUUUGCUAUUGCUUCACCAAGCACACACCUUUGCUUCGAGGCAGGAAUAGGUGAGACAAUCAUCAUGCUGAAAACCUUUGCUUAUUCCAUGGCACUACAGUGUAGAGAUACCCAAGCCAGCUCGACUGCACUACAAAUGUAUUAAUUUAGAGCUCUGCUCGAGAUGAGUUAAGCUAUGGAGAAUUGCAGCUGGUUUGGGUAUGUCUGCAGUGCAGAACUACCCAAAGUUAUGGCCAGUGCGUGGCUGUUCAGGGACCUAUGUGCAAUGAAUUGGAGCAUCUCAGAGCCUGUGGAGAGACAUUUGCAUAAAUAAGGUCAUGAACCAUAAAGCCUGAGCUCAAUUUUCCCUCCUUACAAGGAAUCCUCUUCCAGCUGAAGGCUGAGAUGUUUUUGCAGGGUAGUGAUCGAAAUCACUCCUUAUGCUGGACCUGUUUCAUGGAUAAAGAACCAGUCUCUCACCUUCCACAUUUUGGGGCUAUAAUGGUCUCAGGACUGGUUUCCUGCAGAGCCUGGAUUGAAUUUAGAGGCUCUCCGUGCUAAUAUAUACCAGCAGAGUUAACUUGUGAUGCAAAGGAAAUGCACCUCAAUCCAAUGUAGAUUAACAUUCGAGUCCAAUCCACAGACAGCUCAGAAAUGGGUCCAAGUCUCCCAAACAUGGGGAUUGCUUGGUUUGGGCAUAUCUCUUAAUGAGUUUCAUCAGUGAUGAAGACCGCGAAUAAAAAAACAUCCUCUUGGUGACCCUUUCACACUGGUUUUAAA